AUGGCUACGACGCAAACACACACGACAGUACAUGCGUGUCGACACAAACAAUAUACCGCCACAGUGAAACCUUUGCAAAAGCGUUGGUCCGUAUACGACACGCUGCUCCUCGAUCUUGGUGGGAUUGUUCUGAAGCGGAAGGCGCUCAUCAUCUGCCACUUACAAGACCAUCGUAAUGACCCACAUAACCUCCGGGACAUUAUUGUAUCCACACAUGGCGUACUCUUUUUCGGAACUCCGCAUUGCGGCGCGGACGGUGUUACCCUCCUCAAGAUUAUGACGAGAAUUUUAUCGCUAUGUACACAAACCACCAACAAGGUACUCAGGCAUCUCGCACUAAACUCAAACUAUCUCGAUGAAAUUCAGAGCGAUUACAACCCCGUAAGCUUGCAAGUCGAGACCGUUUACUUUUACGAGGAAUAUGAAACACUGAUAGGGCGAAAACGGAUCCACAUUGUACCUCGCUACUCUGCGGUUAUUCAAGGGGAUAAUAGAGCAAGAAAUGUGGGUCUACCAGGGGAUCACAUCAAUUUGGUCAAAUUCAACGGGAAAAACGAUGCAACAUACACCACCGUGCUUUAUUAUAUCGAGGAUCUCCGCGAUACUGCGCACAAGGCAGUGGCACAGAAGUGGUUGCAGGAAGACCACCUCAGGCGUGGAUCGAACCUGUCUCGUCAGUGGGACCAGAAUCAAGUAUCCCACCCUGAGGGACCCCAGCAUAAUCCCCACACAACAGCAGCUUAUCCGCCGGCUAGAUACGAUAUUCUUUCUUAUGAACACUCCUAUGCCGCUCAACCCAAUGGCUAUCAUGGGACUCAUGGAGUCUUCUCCUCCCCUGCCACCGGUUCUGGCCAGAAUCAAAACAAUUAUCCAUAUAGACCACGUAAUCGACAUGGUUUCCAAGAUCAGCCAACGCCACCAGCCCAAUCUCGGUCAAAUAUGACCUCAUCCCAACUUGCUCCGAACCGUACCGCGACUGUAAGGUCACGAGAAACCACCGGAAGCAAAAGAAUGUAUCUGUUGGCACUGCUGGAUACGGUGCUUACUCCAUUUGGACUUGGAACCGGUGUCCUUCGCCAUAUAGGACCUUCUGAACCAUGA